GGGCCCGAGCGCGACCUCGGCCGGGCGCGCGCCUCAGGCUCUGGCGGAGCGGAAGGCGCGUGGAGCUGUGCGAGGACCCGCGGGCAGUGCAGUCAAGAUUUCUUCACCUGAAUCUGUAGAUGGACUCUCUGCAAACCGCCUGAUAUGUGUGCAAAAUAUUGUGUCUGUGUCUGCAUUUUCUAUAGAUAAGGUCUGAGACAUUCACAUGAUCUUAAACGGAUCUGAGACUCAAGAAAAGGUGGCAGCUUGUGCACCUAUGAUGUAUGUUUUAGUAGGUGUUAAACUUUGUUUCGAAUGAAAAAUGUCUCUCAAUCCAUCUAUAUUUCUCAAAGAAAAGGAAGAAAAUAAUUCAAAAUUUGUGGAAAUACAACAGUCACAAACUACUUCUAUAGCUUCAGAAGAUCCUCUUCAAAACUUACGCUUAGCAUCUCAAGAAGUUCUUCAAAAAGCUCAGCAAAGUGGAAGAUCAAAAUGUCUCAAAUGCGGUGGCUCAAGAAUGUUCUAUUGCUAUACAUGUUAUGUUCCAGUUGAAAAUGUACCUGUUGAGCAGAUGCCACUUGUAAAGCUUCCACUGAAGAUUGACAUCAUUAAACAUCCAAAUGAAACAGAUGGCAAAAGUACUGCUGUACAUGCAAAACUAUUGGCACCUGACUUUGUAAAUAUUUACACGUAUCCUUGUAUUCCAGAAUAUGAAGAAAAGGACCAUGAGGUUGCACUGGUUUUUCCUGGACCUAAGUCUAUUUCAAUAAAAGAUCUUUCUUUUCAUCUGCAAAAAAGAAUUGAAAAUAACGUUAGAGACAAAAAUGAUGACCCUGACAAGCCAUCUAUUAAACGCAAGAAAACUGAAGAACAGGAUUUAAAUGACAGCAAGAGCCAAGAUACAACACUGAAAAAAAUUAUAUUUAUUGAUAGCACCUGGAACCAAACAAACAAAAUAGUCACUGAUGAGAGACUCCAAGGACUAUUACAAGUUGAGUUGAAAACAAGAAAAACCUGCUUUUGGCGCCAUCAAAAAGGAAAGCCAGACACCUUCCUUUCCACAAUUGAAGCCAUUUACUACUUUCUCGUAGACUACCACACUGAUAUAUUAAAAGAGAAAUACCAAGGACAAUAUGACAAUCUCUUAUUUUUCUACUCUUUUAUGUACCAACUGAUAAAGAAUGCCAAAUGCUCUGGAGACAAAGAAACAAGGAAACUUAUCCAUUAGUUUUUAAAAAGCUACUUAUGUCCUUUUAUUUUUUUAAAAAUCAAUAAACUUAUACUUGUGCUUUGUUAAUUAUUAGGAAA